UUUCAUUGGAGAGUUUGGUUCGAAAAUUUGUUGACAGUCCCUAAGUGAACCUCCGAGCGCUUGAGGAGGGAGUGGUAGAGAACGGCUGGCCGAAAUUACCGUUCAUAAAUCGGAUCAUCCUUGAGCUAGGCGCCGCUCACUCCCACCAUGAAAACAACUUCGUUGCGGUAGUUCUAACGGCACAAACGGAGUAACCCACUUUGGUUCGUUUUGGAGCAAUAUGGAGGAUGGUGAACUCUGCAUGACCUAGAAUUUUUUUUUUAAUAUUCAGAAACCAAAGCUGCCCAAAAAAAACAUUUUAACGGCACAGACGGAGCACUGACCACUCAGACUAUUUGCUGGAUUUUGUUUUGAGGUGGGAGGGGUGUCAGUUUCACUCAGCUGUUUGAGCUACAGUCUUCUGGCUUUAAAAACAUUCGGUGAUUUUGUCAAACAUGGAAAAGAGAAAUGAAAAUGUUUCUUUCCCCUGUCAGUUCAGUGCAGCUUCCUGACGAUAAUGAUGAGAACAUCCUACCCCUCGCCUUGUGGUUUUGUCCCUCCCUGUGGAAACUGCUAUGUGUUAAAAUGUUUACCUCCCACUCCCUGCCGGAUAGCAAGUUCCAGUAAAGCGCCCCAGAACCUGCGCAUCUCUCUUCAGUUUCUGCUCGACGCUUUCUUACUAACUUCCGGUGAUUCUAACGGAUUGAAAAUGCAGCGGAACAUCACCAAGUCCCAUCUCUUGUUCGUGGCAGUUUUUCUUGGCCUCCUAUUAUUUUGCAGCUACCGGUACUUCAUCCAGCACUUAACCUUUACCAACCUUUGCAAGCCAAUUGUUUUCCCCGAGAAGGAUUUACUUGAAUUGGAAGAUAAGCUUAAUGAGAUAAAUAACAAGGACAAGGAUGGGCAGAGCAGGAAAAGCUGCAGGAAGAUUGAUGAAUCAUGGGUAAUGGAAUCAGGACUAAAAUACGAACAGCCACAGGCGCUGACUGGACGGACAGAUGUAAAUGCUGUGACAAACUGGAAUGCUCCUCUCGUCUGGGAAAGGACCUUUGACCCCGUGGUUAUUGAUUCAAUCUAUAAGAAAAUGGACCCAAGAAUAGCUGUGGUGGUUUUUGCUGUUGGCAAAUACACUCGUUUUCUACAGAAAUUUAUUGAGUCAGGAGAAAAGCAUUUCUUUGUUGGCUUCAAUGUCACUUACUACGUUCACACAGACAGAAAGGAUGAAGUCCCCAAGCUUUCUCUGGGUGAAGGCAGGAAGGUGACAGUCGAGGCCGUCCCAAGUGCAAACCGCUGGCAGGAUGUGGUGCUGGGAAGGAUGAAAUGGGCGACCAUCACCAUUGAAAAGAAGAUCCUUAAAGAGGCGGAUUAUCUGUUCAUGAUGGACAUAGACAGCGAGUUCCGUUCCCGGUUUGGAGCCGAGGCCCUCAGUCGUCUUUCAGCUGUACUUCACCGGGGAUACUACAAGGCGACGCCAAGGGACAGUUUUCCUUAUGAGCGUCGACCUCAGUCCAAAGCCUUUAUUCCUGCUGGGGAAGGAGACUACUACUACACUGCAGCGGUGUGGGGUGGAUACCUGGAGGACAUGUACAAGCUAGUCAAGUACUGUUACGAAAUGUCAGAGGAGGAUGCCAAAAACAAGAUCGAAGCUGUUUGGCAGGAGGAGAGUCAUCUCAACAGGUACCUGUUGACCAACAAACCGACCAAGGUGCUGUCUCCAGAAUACCUGUGGUCUGACUAUGAUAAAGUAUCGCCUGACAUUAAAGUCGUAAGGGUCUCCCAGUUGAUUAAGAACUAUGCAGAGGUUCGUCCAAAUGGUGGACACUGAUGCUCAAACUUCAGGAGAUGGACUCAGGUUCUGCUCACUUUGCCUCUUUGUAGUUUUGGUGUUUGGGUUUAGAUCAGUGGCUCCCAACCCCCGGGCUGUUGCGAGUUUUAGGUCUGGUUCACACGACGUGAUUUAAGAAUUGACGGCCGAUUUUCCAAUCUUCUGUGACCACAGAGCCGAUAAAAGUCCAACAGGUUCGAUCGGUUCGUGAGUCCAGCCACACGGCAGGAGCAACACACCACAUCCCGAUUCCAGAAGAAAAUCCAGUAAAGCCCCCAACAUACCAUACGUGAAUUUAGAAUAAACAAACACGGAUGACGAUGUAGAACCAGUAGUGACAGUUUGUGGACUCAAUUUAAGUGACAAAAAACGUAACAAAAAGAAAAAGCGUUUGAUAAAAGAUGGCGGGAGCAGCUGCGCUAUUUGUUGCUCUAUGAUUUGGAGGUGAGUUAUGUUUUUUGUAGUUAAUAUUUUUAACUGAAUAAACAUAACCACACAUAUAAAAAUGACCUUUUCAAAAAUGACCGCGUUCUCGCUCCCAGUCAGGGAAAAACCCCACAGGCUGUGGUAAUCAGGCCAAGAUAAUGUUGAAUUUUUUUUUUUUUUUAAAACAACUUAAAGUGCACAAACACUUUUUUUGGCUCCCCUUUUAAAAAUGUAAUUCAAAAAACUUCUUUCAGUGAAAAUACAUCCUGUACUAUACAUGUGUUUUGCGUUUGUGUGGAUUUAAUGGAUUUUAAAAAAAUGCUAUAGUAUCUUUAAAAGGAAUUGUCAUUUAUUAUAAAUUUUUCAGGUGAUCACAUCUGUUUUAGGACUCCAGACAAUUGAUCAACAUUGUUUACAGAAUAUUGAUGUUAUAUAACAAGAUAUUCCUAUUGGCAAAUGGAUUUUCUUUUGAAUUAAUUACAUUUUAAACCAUUUUGAAAAGGAAAUUAUUCCUUUGAAGAAACCUCCUUGAAUCAACAAUCAGAUGUUUAUUUUAUUUUGCCCAUUGGUUUUACAGAUUCUCCCACAGAAAUAAAACAUAAAUAAAUGACGACUUGUAAUCAUCUCUACCACAGCAGCCAAAAAGUGUAGAAAAUGCAGGAUGUUAAAGUACUUAAAAUUACAUUGUGCACACUACUGCCCCUUUCAAAAAGCUCUGGAAGACAACCUCAUUAUUUUACCACAUUAGUGCCUGUUGAUAAAUCAUUUUAAAGAGGCAGUAUAUAUAAAACCAACAUAUUAUAAUGUUAUUCCCUCACCAAAACCAUAGCUGGAGUGCUGCUUUGAUUUUUUUUUUCACACAUUUGAAAUCUUUUAGUUUCCCCUGGCGGCCAUUUUAGAUGCAACAACUCCUCCACUCAGCUCCUGCAGACUAGCCACCAGCAAUUAGCAAACACCUGAUGGAACUGCACAUCUGCUGAGCUCAUUACCCUAGCUACUUAUACGUGCACUGUUGGUAAAAGCAUUAAUAUUGUUUUGUUUUGCUGACAUACUGAAGGAGUGUCAGAAGGAGCAGGGGUUUCUUAAAGAGACAGAUGCCCAAUUUUAAGGCAUUCAAAUUUGAAGAAUUUGUCUGUAGUCAUGUGUCUUUUUAGUCAUUUUUAUAACAACUCCAGGUAACAUAGUUACUUUAUUGCGCUGUAAAAUGACACAAUGUGCCUGGAAUAUACAUAAUACUGCCUCUUUUACAAGCUCUUUUUAAUUUCUGAUAAAAAGAUUUUUAAAGAUCAUGUUUUCUAUUUGAGACUUUUUUUUUAUUGUGGUAAAACUGCUUUUCUUUCCUAUAUGGAUCUCAGGAAUAUUUUUAUAAAGGCAAAAAUCAGUUUAAAAAACACAUAAUCACAUAUCAAACUAAGAGUAGAAAACAUAUUAGAGAUGUUCGGUGUGUUACAGUGAAGCGCAGAGCCCUUUUUAGAGAUGCUAUUUUAAUUUUAAAAUUUUAGAUUUUGUAGGAGCUAAAAUGAAUUUGAAGUGGAACAUUGUGUUUAAGGUUUUGUGUUUACUUGUGGGUUUUAGAUUCACGGGAUGCGAGUGCUGAUUGUUCUUUAUGUGUGUGGAGAUUUGUUUGUUUUUUUCUGGAAGCUGCACUUUUGAUGUCUUUGUUAUGGUUGCUUUGUUUUAUCAGUAUUUUUAUUAAUAAGGAAAAUAAAAUUUAAAUCUAUGAAGGA